CUUUAAAGCCGCCGCCAGCCAGCGCCGCUGUAACCCCGCGCACUCGCCGGUCGCCGGCUCCUGCCCCUUUCAAUCUGCGCCGACGCGCGGCCGGAUCCCGGGGACUCCCCGCGCUGGGAAUCUCCCGCCAGCUGCGCGCUGCGUCCCGGCGACGGCAGGAGCACGUGGAGCGGCCGGGUAGUCAGAGCUGCAGCUCCAGCCCAGCCUAGCCCAGCCCAGCCCGGCGGCGAGAUGGAAGAUAUAAAACCAAAUGUGGAACUGAAAAGCACUCAGGAGCAGUCUGUGCCCACAGAAGGUUCAGUGCUUUUGAAUGACUACGAUUUAACCAAACCUCAUGAAACAGAAAAUGUGGAUGGUGCAGAAGGCCCAGCCAAUGAAGAUGAAGACAUAGGAGAUGAUUCAAUGAAAGUGAAAGAUGAAUACAGUGAAAGGGAGGAGAAUGUUUUAAAGCCAGAGCCCAUGGGAAAUGCAGAAGAGCCUGAAAUUCCUUACAGCUAUUCAAGAGAAUAUAAUGAAUAUGAAAACAUUAAGUUGGAGAGACAUGUUGUCUCGUAUGAUAGUAGCAGGCCAACCAGUGGCAAGAUGAACUGCGAUGUGUGUGGAUUGUCCUGCAUUAGCUUCAAUGUCUUAAUGGUUCAUAAGCGGAGCCAUACUGGUGAACGCCCAUUCCAGUGUAAUCAGUGUGGGGCAUCUUUUACUCAGAAAGGUAACCUCCUCCGCCACAUUAAACUGCACACAGGGGAAAAACCUUUUAAGUGUCACCUCUGCAACUACGCAUGCCAGAGAAGAGAUGCACUCACAGGUCAUCUUAGGACACAUUCUGUUGAGAAACCCUAUAAAUGUGAGUUUUGCGGAAGGAGUUACAAGCAGAGAAGUUCCCUUGAGGAGCACAAGGAGCGCUGCCGUACAUUUCUUCAGAGCACUGACCUGGGGGAGACCGCAAGUGCGGAGGCAAGACACAUCAAAGCAGAGAUGGGAAGUGAAAGAGCUCUCGUUCUGGACAGAUUAGCAAGCAAUGUGGCAAAACGAAAAAGCUCGAUGCCUCAGAAAUUCAUUGGUGAGAAGCGCCACUGCUUUGACGUCAGCUACAACCCCAGCUAUAUGUACGAGAAAGAGAAUGAGAUGAUGCAGACCCGAAUGAUGGACCAGGCCAUCAACAACGCCAUCAGCUAUCUCGGCGCCGAAGCCCUGCGUCCCUUGGUCCAGACACCGCCUGCUCCCACCUCGGAGAUGGUCCCGGUUAUCAGUAGCAUGUAUCCCAUAGCUCUUACCCGAGCCGAGAUGCCAAAUGGCGCCCCCCAGGACCUGGAAAAGAAGAACGUCCACCUGCCAGAGAAGAGCCUGCCUUCUGAAAGAGGCCUCUCCCCCAACAACAGUGGCCAUGACUCCACGGACACUGACAGCAACCACGAGGAACGCCAGAAUCACAUCUACCAGCAAAAUCACCUGGUCCCUCCCCGGGUCCGCAAUGGGAUGCCACUUCUGAAGGAGGUCCCCCGCUCUUAUGAACUCCUCAAGCCCCCACCCAUCUGCCCAAGAGACUCCAUCAAAGUGAUCAACAAAGAAGGGGAGGUGAUGGAUGUGUACCGGUGUGACCACUGUCGAGUCCUCUUCCUGGAUUACGUGAUGUUCACGAUUCACAUGGGUUGCCACGGCUUUCGUGACCCUUUCGAGUGUAACAUGUGUGGAUAUCGAAGCCACGAUCGCUAUGAGUUCUCGUCCCACAUAGCCAGAGGAGAACACAGAGCCAUGCUGAAGUGAACACCGGGCCCACAGGUGAUGCACGCUUGAGCAUUCAACAGCAUUUUUAAAAACUGAUAAUACCCCCGCCUAACAAAUCACUCUGAAAACAAACUCAGUUCCAAACCCCUUUCCAUACCAUUUUUUAGCAUCCAAAGGGUCUCAUUCACAGGGGCAACAGAGAACGGCUGUCCCCAUUCAGAAGUUGUUUGCAGAUACAACACGUUGCUACUUUUGUGAAACCUUUGUUCUCCCAUCAGGCACUGGAAUUUUAUGAUGUUUAAAAGCCAAUGAAGUAUCUGGUCAUUAUCUUUUGCAGCAAUAGAACAGGUCUCCUUUGGAGUUUGCUGCCAACUGGAAGAGUCCCCUGGUUGUGCUGCAUGAGACAUUUCUUCUGAGCUACAUCAGCCAUAUGUAGAAAAGCCUUUCUGUCACAUGCUGUGGUCCACAUAGAAGAGCUGACCAGCAGGCCUUGCUGGGAAGACCUGCCCUUCUGCACUUCACAAGGCUGAAGGGUUAGGAUAUAAUUCCCCCACCUCAAAUGACAGUCUAACAGUAAGGAAAAGAAAAGCCAUAAAACAGGUUACCAGUAACCAACCCCUAGUCUCCAAGCAUCAGAUCCACUUAGCAUACAAGCAAAAAAAAAAAAAUCAUCUGACAUAAGACUUCUACUCUUUAUCCUCUCAUCUCCAAUUAAAAGCUGCUCUGAGUCAAAGCAUUCAUGGAGAGGAGAAACUCCGUAUCAGAAGAAUCAAUGGUUUACAUACAGACCAUCACUGGAACCCCAGGAGGUUUUCCACUGGGGGUGAUGGCAUCCAUUUCUGAUGAUCAAGAUUGGCAGGCGUGGUUCUGGGGGGUGGGGGUGGGGGAGAAGAUUUAGCAGCAGCACCUGGGAUGGAAGAGAGGCAGGAACCACCACCUGAAAGCAUUUCAUCUCCUUCAUGGAGUAUUGCUGCACAAACCCAAAGCAAACUUGCCAACGAUUUUUUUGACAAAAAAAAACCCAAAAAAACCAAAGAAUCCAAAAAGUAUGACUUCAUUUUCCCUUCCCCACAGGAAAGGAAUCAGGGACAGAUGCCAUGAUCAGAGCUGAGCCUCAGGAUGGGGUGAGGAGGGGAGCACCCCUGCUGGCAGGCUCUCCUUGGUCAGGCAGAUUGGGGUCCCACCCUCCCCCCAUUUUGAGUGGAGCUGUUGUGUUCCACAAAGAUUCCUGAAAGUCUGACCUUGGUUCUGCAGAUGCGUCAGCCAUCUUCAUCAUUAAUUAUGGGAGACAUGCUAUCAAGGAAGAGGGUUACGAUAAUUGUAAAAUUAGCACUGGGAUAGGAGUCAUGAAAUCUGUUCGCCAAUUCCAUAUUUGCCACUAAUUAGCCAAAUAACUUGGGGCAGAUGACUUAACUCUUAAAAUUAAGUUUCCUCAACCAUAGAAUUAAGACUUGGAUUGAGAUGUUCUCUAAGAUCCUUUCCAGCUUUAAAUUUACGUGAUUCUGCAGUAACCACAAUUAUUUUUUUUUAAACCUCUUAAUGUAAGGAUAUUAAGCAGAAGAGGAUGUAUAUGAAUACAUGUUUCGCAUUGCUUUGGUGUGAAAAGGGUAGUAUUGUUAAGUUUUUCCUUUAACCACUGAGUUGUGAGUGUGAGGAGGAUGGUGUGGAGGAACAAAAAACAGGAAGGUAUUUUGAUCUUGCCCCAAAGUGUACACACAAAGGGGCACCUGCAGCUGCUUGCCAAAGCCUUUUCUUCUUCUUCUUCUUCUUUCCUUUUAAAGAACUCAUGUUAGGGAAAAUAAAUUCUGCUUCCAGGGACAACUUCAGGGAACCUAUUUACAAAUGAAGAGUCAGCUGUGUGCACAUUUCUACCAGAGCCAAGAAUCCCGAAUUCCUGGUAGAUUAGCGUUUCAUGUAUCUGCCUUGAUAUUUCAAAAGGGCUUAUGCAUUAGGCUCGAACUCAACUCGUUUAUGUGCUGCCAGUAAUUAAAACGUUCCACCUCAGACUGCACAAAUGGCUUAGCCUUCUUUGUAGCGUGGCGUCUGUCUCAGGAAAAAAAGACUUUGUGAAAUUCCAUGGCAACGGUCCCAACAUGUUUGAGAUUUCAGCGAAAAGACUAGACGUAUUUCGGUGUGUAGUCUCCAGUACAUCACUGUAUUUCUGUAAUCCUGGACUACGGCUACACCAGGUUGCUUAUACCCAUUGUGAAAGAGGAGCUGCUCAUUAUAUUCUUGAAAUAGCACACAUCCUGUUGACUCUUCAGGGGACAAAAGAGAAUUUGGAAGCAAGGAUUAGUAGGAGAGAAAGCUAGGGGAAGCGAGCACUUCCACCGGAUUAGUGGGAAAGUCUUUAAUGAAGAGACCAACUUCUGCACCUUAAGAUAGCGAAACUGAGGCCUAUCCCACGAACCUGGGGACUCUGUGUAGACAUGACCUUCAUCUUCCCUGUGACUCAUGGAUUUUCCGAAUGAUUUCCAUUCUUGAGGUCAGUUUUCUGAGUGGGGUCAACCACUCACACAGGCUGCACUUUCCUUGUAGCGUUCUGAGCCUAGACUGGGACACACCAAGUCCAGAGAAAACCUGUUUCUGGAAACUCGACAUUCUUAAAUCUUAAAAUUGAACCAGCUGGUUUGUUGUGGUUACCACCAUACAGGUAAACACAUACUCCUGCAGGCACUCCUGAUCCUACUUAAUGCCUUUCCUUUGCUGAGGGUGGGAAAGAAGGUGAAGGAGAAUCUUAGCAAGAGGCCCAGAGAGAAGGGCGGGGCAAGAGUCACAUCUGACCCUGCUGGACGGUGAGGUCCUGGGGCAGCUUCAGACAGCACAUCUCCUUUCUUCGCCAGAGUCCUGAGGAACAUAAGCCUGGUAGGUCUUCUCUCUCCAUUUCCCACCAACCCUCUUACUUGCCAGGCCUCCCACCACACACCCAGGAGGCUGAAAUCUGAGGAACGAUCAAACCCAUUAGAAGUUUCCUUACAUCCAGGAUGGCAGACUCGGGGUGAGGGUGGAAAAGGACGAGACCUGGCUCCCAUGAUGUUCCUUAUCGCUCUCCGAGGUGUCGCCUAGGUGUUUCCUCCUGGCAGAGAACUAAAUAGAAGUGUCUCCCCAUUACCCUCUACCACCACCACCAGGGGGAAAAAAGAUAUUAAUAAGUCCACCAGUCUACAGAUCCUUUAAGUCAUUCUCCCAAAAAGAUAUUAGCCUGGAUACAGAUAAGCUAGCUAAUCUCAUGCCCCGUUACCCAUUCUGGGCUGUUCCUGACCCAGCUUCUGAUUUUGUCAGUGACAAAAUGUCUCACCUUUUAAAUGCAGGGCUUAACAUUUUGCCAGGCCUAGGUGUAACAUGACCCCUGAUUUCUUUUGCAAAGAGAAAGGUUUAAAAACACAAAGUCAUGCUCAGUCGAAACAUUGUGUUAUUAACAAAUCUCACAUCCACAUAGCUUUUUCCAGGUAGCCUCUGUAUCACCAUUCUUAUUCUCCUCCCCUGUUUUUGUUUGUUUUGUUUUGUUUUUUCUUUUUACCCCCUGCUAAAUGUGAGGUUUAGAGUGUUUUCAGAGUACAAAAGCAGUACUUCUGAUAUAUAUCCCAGGCCACGCAGUAAGACUGUAAUGGAAAUGCUGAAUGUUUAAUGUGUAAAGUCCUAACUUUAAAGUGUACCCUCCUGAGAGCAGGAAUGUUGGUCUCUAGUGGAGAUCUGGAAACUCUGGGACACUCAAGUUUUCAGUCAUCACGAGUCCAAGCUCUUCCAAAAAAGACUCAGAAUUAGGAGUUGGGAACUCAAGAAGAGAAAAGAAAGUGGACUGAUGAAAAUUUUGUCCUAGGAAAUAGAAUCAGACUGUACAGAAGAAGAUAAGAUAUAACACAGUGAUCUCUCUUCUCUUUUAAAAAAUGAGGAGCUAUUUUUGUGCUCAGACAGAAAGUGUAGUUCAGAGAAUCUCUAUAGGCAGAGGUCAGAAAAGCAGAAUGAUUUGGGGUUUCAGUGCCUGUAAAGAGGACAAUUUUGACCUGAAACCACACGCUACACUUGGCCAUCCCUGGGAGAGGACUCUGUUCUCUAAGCCUAACAGACUGAACAAUUUUGAGAAUGAUCAGUGAACUCAGGGUUGGAGACUGUGGACUUGGAAGAGCCUAGAAGAGAGAUGUAUGCUUUCAUCUUGUGUGAGCUCACAGCACUGUACGUCUGUUUCCCCAAGCUGUGUACAGCCUGUGCCACACUGUGUCAUCAGCAUGAGAAACAGGUCGUUGCACUUUGAAGAAGCUGGAUGCAAGUUUCCUCUAAAUAUUACAAUAGUGGACUAUCUUAUCCACUGAUAUUGAGUAGUUAUUUGAAACUGGAAUGUUAAUAUUUUGAUUAAAAAAAUGUAAGGACAUAACUAUAUCUACCUCUCAAGGAUGUUGUGAGGUUUUAUGUAAUUUUGUCUAUUGGGUAAUGUUACUUUGUUUGUGUGGGGUAGGGUGGGGCGGAUUAUGUUGGAUGGUUGCAAAAUUUUCACUGUAUGUCCUGUAUCUGGAUUUAAAGACAUGGAAAAUAUUCAAAGACCAGACUAGGACCAUAAUAGUAAUUCCCUUGCCAGUGGAGGCAACUGACCUCUAACACACAGUUUCCUUCAUGUUGUUUUAAUGCCUAAGAGUAAAGACUGUGCUGAACCUUAGAACCACAUGCUACAGAUACUUCAUGGCUUUGCAGCCAGGGAAGUAGAUUAGCUUUCCUCCCUCAGCAUCUUAGGAGUCCUCGACUAUUAAUUCUCCAAGCAACUUAGAGUUUCUUCAAACUGCCCUCGCUGUCCAUCUCUCCAUCCACCUCAGUUUAGAAAGCCCGGGGAGCAGUCCCACGAUGCCACCCACCUUCUCCCAAGUUCACACCACCCAUCUGCGGGGCCUCCUUCAUAGUGUGGCCGUAGGUUCAGCUUUGCUUCUUCCUCUCCUAAAGACUGAGAACGAACAUCUUAACAUGUCAGGAAAAUGGGGCGGCCUUGAAAGUGACUGAUCCCAUUGCCAAUGACUCAUUUAUUCAAGGACUUCUCCACAUUAGCAGACAAGGCCCUUUUCGGUGGGCCUGCUUCUGUGGGUUCACAGAAACCAAAUGACUGUGGGUUGCAAAGAAUUAGCAGGUCAUUUGAAAAGCAGACAUCCCUUCACCCAGACUGUGGUUUUGCAUGCUCAAGUUCUCAGUCUGUGAGCUUUGGUGAGGGAUCAUUUUGGCUACUGGAAAAACCAUAGCUUAUUUUUAAUUUCUGCUUGCCAAAGCCACCACACGUGUGGUCUGUGGAUGACCCUUGUCUGCAGAAUGAUGAGGCGGGGGAGGGGCGGGGAAGGGACGGCGGUUUGGGGCUCAGGGCAGCCUUCCCACCAGGAGUGAGGGAAGGAGACCUUGCUGAGUGGUUUUGACACAGGCUGUGCCCACAGCACUCUCAUCUGGGUUUCUCAGAAAUGCCCUCUUUGCUCAGCAAUGACCUUCCCUCUUGACUCCUCUCAUGUUUUACCUGGAGUCUAGCCGCUUGGAACCCUGUAAGGCGCCCUCCUCCUCUGUAAAGACUAUGUAAAGAAUCAGCUUCUGAAACGUAGCCAUGCUAACCUUGCCAGAACCCUAACGAGUACAUCCCUGCGUCAAAGACCACCCUGCUGAUAGUUUUCAAGAUUUUUCUAUCAAUGUUUGAUUUUUACCCUGAAAAAUAAAAAAAAAGUACUGGUGUGUUUAAAAUUA